UAUGGUGCUUAUCUAUAUACAUUUUGCCGAGGACUAAGCGUGCUACUCGGCAGUCGGCAGUCGGCACACCUUGCAAAUUAUUUUAUUCUUAUUGCCCACUUCUAUAACCUACCACAUUUUUGCACAAUUUAAUCCUUGUUUACCUUUUUAUUACUUAGAUUAUUUAUAGCAUCCGGAUGUUUUUGACUUUUAAUUUUUUUUUAUUGUUUAGUUCAACCAUAACUUCAUAAAACGUAUGUUGAAAUUACGUAUAACUCGAAAGUUUAAAAUAUCGUACAAAAGUUGCUCUGGAAUAAAGUUUGGAGGCUAGACCAAGAACUUCAACAUGGAAGAAAAUCAUUUUGAAAGCACAGAUAACACAAUCAAUUCUAAAACCGAUAAAACAAAAUCUACUACAGAAUUUUUAGAUUCAGAAAGAAAAAAAGUCCAAGAGCAUGAAAGUGACAGGGACGUGCGGACAGAGACUCCAGAGACUCCAGACAGUGAAACUGUAGUCAUAGAUGUUCAGGAAUACCAAAACAUUAGUCCUGGUUCAGAUUGUGACAUUGAAGAUAAUCUCAAUGAUGUAGCUUCAGAUCAGAAAGAACCCGAAAUCAAUAUGGAUGAUCUUCCAGAAACAGUUACAUUACUGACCACUAAGGAAGGUGGUAAAUGUUAUUUAAUCGGAACAGCACACUUUAGCAUAGAAAGUCAAAAUGAUGUUUCUAAAGUGAUACAAGCUGUACGGCCACAUGUUGUCAUGGUUGAACUUUGUUUAGAUCGAAUUCAUGUACUUCAAUUGGAUGAAGAAACUAUUCUUGAAGAAGCUAAGAAUUUGGAUUACAGUAAAGCCAUGGAUGUUAUUAAAAAAAAUGGUGUCCACAAAGGAUUAUUUUACAUUUUAUUAUUGAACAUGUCUGCAAAUAUUACUAAAGUGCUAGGGUUAGCCCCAGGAGGAGAGUUUCGAAGAGCAUUGAAAGAGGCUAAAAAAAUUUAUAAUUGUGUUAUACAUAUGGGUGACAGACCCAUUAAAAUAACAUUUGCUCGAGCACUAGCUGCUUUAACUUGGUGGCAGACUCUGAAAUUAACUUGGAAUCUCUUGACAGAAACUGGACCUAUUACUCAAAGUGAAGUUGAGAAAUACAAAGCCAAAGAUGCUCUUGAAAAAAUGAUGGAAGAGUUGAGUGGAGAAUACCCAGUGAUAAAAAAAGUUUUUGUAGAAGAGCGCGAUACAUAUUUGACUUACUCUCUGCAGUUGGCAUGCCGAACUAGAAUACAUCCUAACGGUGUAAAGGAACCUACUAGAGUAGUUGGUGUGGUUGGUGCAGGUCACACUCUUGGAAUUGUUGAAAAAUGGGGUAAAGUUACUGCAGAUGAUAUUCCACUUAUUAUGAGCAUACCCCCACCCUCAUUAACGAGUAAAGUUCUGAAGUUUACACUCAAAGCUUCUGUUGUAGGCGGUGUUAUAUUUGUAGGAUAUAAAUUUAUUUUAAUACCAACUGGUAUAGCUAACUCAAUGCAAAAUAUUUUAAAAAAAUGUGUUUCUUUUGUCCCAAUGCUGCUAUCGGAGUAAAGCUUCUUAUACUAUAUCU